AAAAUAUUUUCCCGCCAAAACCAGGCUCCGCUGGAGCAUUUCCCCCCAAUUUUCGCCCGUCUCAGUUAUAGCCCUAGACGCAACGAGCUUUCACCAGGUCUCGCGAGUUCAAGCACAUCGCAAAUAUCAUCCUUCGAUCCGUCGGUAAUUGACACUGCGUAAGAUUUGUUCGAAAGAUUUAGAACUCGAAGAAUGACGGGAGAAGAAGCUGGGAACGGAAGAGACGACAUGCUAAUUGACGGGUGUGAGCCAGAACCUCCGCAAGAAAAUGCCGUUCCGGAUGGAUUCAGCGCGGAUUACCUCAAAGUUUACUAUGGGAAGCUUUUUCCACAUCAUGAUAUAUUUAGAUGGAUGUCUUAUGGAAAUGAUGGAAAGCAUCCUGGAUGUGACCAGUCAUACUUUGGACGGAGAGAAUUCUCUUUCACGUUGGAUAACGACAUAUAUCUGCGCUUCCAGUCUUUCAACAGUGCAUCUGAUAUGGAAAAAUCUAUCAACGAGAAGUGUCCAUUUAAGAUUGAUAUUGGGCCUGUGUACAAUGUGGAUCCUGCAAAGAGACAUGCUUAUGCCCAAGCUGGUGAUAAUGGUUUUACUCCAGUGGAGAGGGAGCUUGUUUUUGAUGUAGAUAUAACUGAUUACGAUGAUGUUAGAUAUUGCUGCUCAGGAGCUGAUGUAUGUUUGGACUGCUGGCCGUUAAUGACAGUUGCUAUUAAAGUGAUAGAUUCUGGUCUCAGAGACGACUUUGGGUUCAAUCACAUUUUGUGGGUGUACAGUGGCCGACGCGGUGUCCAUUGUUGGGUUUGUGAUGGGAAAGCAAGAAGGUUAAAUAACGAGCAGAGGGCAGCUAUUGCUGAUUAUUUUCGUGUGUAUAAGGGCAAUGAAAAUAGUCAAAAAAAGGUUACUCUAACGGGUCAUGCACUUCACCCUUUCCUUGCGAGAUCAUACAGUGAGGUUUUACAAAAAUUCUUUGAGGGGAAACUACUUUGUAGUCAAAAAUUGUUUUCGCAUGAGGAGAGAUUUGAGAAGAUCCUGGAGAUGAUACCUGAUGAAACUGCUACGUCGGAGCUUCGGGGAAAAUGGCAGGAAAGCAGGCGUACCUCUAUUUCCAAAGAAGACAUUAACAUUGCUCGAUGGGGGACACUAAAAAAAACGCUGCACUCGCGGAGUAAAAAGGUACUAGGGCUUGGUAGGUGUGUUGAAGAGAUUGUGUUCUCUUAUGCUUAUCCCAGGCUUGAUAUGGAGGUUUCAAAACAUAUGAAUCAUUUGUUGAAGGCACCAUUCUGCAUUCACCCAAAAACAGGUCGUGUAUGCGUUCCCAUAGACCCAGAUUGUUGUGAAGAAUUUGAUCCUACAACUGUACCAACCCUUGCCAAGCUUCUGGGCGAACUUAACAUGGGAGUUAUGAGAUCAGAUGGCAAUGAUGAAUGGGAUAAAACAUCACUUGGAAAAUCAGUCAGAUAUUUCAGAUCAUAUUUCCUGCAGCCUCUCUUGAAAUCAUGCAAGGAGGAGAUAGAAAGUUCAUACAAUGCUAAACUUCAGGAGUCAAAAAAUUCACUGAGCUGGUAGGCUUUAUUUCAUCUGGUCUCUGAGCUUUGUAUGUAAGUGAGAAAUGUCUGGAGUCUGCUUUUAUUUAUGUGGGUGUGAAGCUAUGUCUCAAUCAAUCCAGUAGAAUCGAAGAGAAUCUCGGGAGUCAUUUAGAUUAUGGCAACGAUUCAAGUCUCCAGACACUACAUUUAAAUCAUGAAUUGGAAUUUGUUAGCA